UGGUGGCGUUGGUGCGCAAUCUGUCUACAUGGGUGGUCCUGCUGGUGGAGGCGGAGGAGCCGGUCAACAAAGUACUUCAUCUUCACGUGGCCAGUCUUCUGUGUUUUUUGUGGGUCCUGGCACUGGUACAAUCUACGAAGUAGGCGCUGAAGAUGAUACAAAUAAUGGGGCUUCUGUUGCUGCUUCAAGUUUUGAUGAGACGACUACAGAAACGACGGAUACAAUUUUGCUGGGCGGUGGUGGUGGUGGUGGCAAUGGUGGACGAGAAAGAGAGGAAGAUGAAGGCUGGGGUGACGAUGAAGGCUGGCGAGAAGAUGAAGGCCGCCUAGAAGAUGAAGGGCGGCGAGAAGGUGGACGAAGGCGUGAUGAAUGGUGGAGGGCGGGGGAUGAAAUGGACAACACCCAGCCUUCCGCCGACACGGUCCAUCCAUCAAUUCUUAAUAAUCGAGUGUAA